GCUGAUAAAUUUCGGUGGGCAAACUAUUACAAUACUUUCCCCACCCCCCUAUGAUCUAUGAAGACCGCCCACCACAACCAUCCGACUGGAGAACCUUUAUAGAUUUAAAAAGCGAGACGGAAUCCGUGUGUAUGACAGUCACUGAGCGCAAAGCAUCGGGCGAAGAUCUGUCAUUCUGUUGUCUGUCCGUCUCCAACACGCGUCUCCACUUUUCAAUGAGGAUGCUACAGUUGCCGCGGCUCCGCCAGGGCGUUGUUGCGCUUCUCUUAUGGUUUGCGCACUUGAUGGAACAGCAUAAAGUACAAGCUGGCAACUGCUGGCUUGAGCAGGGCAAGAACGGAAGAUGCCAGGUUCUGUAUAUGUCAGGGAUGAGUCGGGAGGACUGCUGUAGAAGUGGUCGACUUGGCACGGCGUGGACCGAAGAGGAUGUGCCAAAUAACACACUCUUCAAGUGGCUGAUCUUCAAUGGUGGUGCACCGAACUGUAUACCUUGUAAAGAGACUUGUGAUAUGGUGGACUGCGGACCUGGAAAGAGGUGCAAAAUGAACAAGUGGAAUAAACCCCGCUGUGUGUGCGCCCCAGACUGCUCCAAUGUCACCUUUAAAGGGCCUGUGUGUGGCUCAGAUGGGAAAACUUACCGGAAUGAGUGUGCCCUGCUUAGAGCCAAGUGCAAAAGAUAUCCUGACCUGACAGCGCAGUACCAGGGAAAAUGCAAAAAGUCGUGCUCUGGUGUGCGUUGCCCUGGAAGCUCAACGUGUGUACUGGACCAGAACAACAACGCCUACUGCGUGACCUGUAACCGGCUUUGCCCUGAAGUGACUUCGCCAGAGCAAUACUUGUGUGGUAAUGACGGGACUGUGUACGCUAGCACCUGCCAUCUCAGAAGAGCCACGUGUAUCAUGGGACGAUCCAUUGGAGUAGCUUAUGAAGGGAAAUGCAUAGAUGCCAGAUCAUGUAAGGACAUCAACUGCCGAGAGGGACGAAAGUGUCUGUGGGACAAGCAGAAAGGACGGGGGCGCUGUUCAAUGUGCGAGGACACCUGUCCCGAGAGUCGUCCAGGCAACAGCGUCUGCGCCAGCGACAAUGUCACUUACCCUAGUGAGUGCGCCAUGUGGCAGGCCGCCUGCUCUUUGGGUCUUGUCCUGGAAGUCAAACACUUGGGCUCCUGCAACUGUAAGUAGAGGAUGCUAAACCAGCCCGCAAAAUGUGCACCCCCAUCCCCUUUCCCUGAAGAGAAGCAUCCCACUAUCUUGCCCAACCAAAACCACAUCCCCUACCAUUUCCCCCACAAGGCACCACUGGGAACACAAAGACUGUUGGAGAGGAUCUAUGUGCCCUUGUGAUGGCUUCCUCCACAAAGACAAAUUCUGUCCAAGAAGACAUUCUGAUGCAUUAGCUGUGUCCAGGACUAUAGUUUAUAGACUCGUCUUAAAAAAGAUAUCAAGCCUGGAAGGAUUUCAAUUCGAAAUGCGAGACAGUUGCUCAUUGGUUACACUGUCUAUGCAUCAGAGACAGAAAUGUCUAGACUGACGGUGUUGGUGAGUCAUGUGGAAAGCACAAAGGGACAUAAACUCACUUAGUGUGCUCUGUUUGUGAAUCAUGUUCUUGUCUCUGCCUAUGGCUGACCCUCGAAUGCUCUGUCUCAUUGUGUGAUAUGGCUGAGCAUGCAUACUAUGGACAUAGAAAGGUGAGCCUGGUGCCUUUAUGGUGCUGCUGAACCAGGUUCAGAAAUUAACCAGGUUUCAGGGCAAAAAUGCCACCAAAAGUGACAAAAAUGUUUGAAAUGUGUGGGCGAAACAAUUCUCCUGUAGUGAAUUCCUCCUUUUUUUAUGUUAUCUAAUAUAGAUAUAUUUGUGAUAUGGGUUUUUCAAUGGCCGAUAUCGAUAUUUAACGUGCAGGAUGGCCGAUAUAAAUGCCGAUAUACAUAAUACUUUGGUAGAUUUUGGAACUGGAACAAGGGAAAGUUAAUACUUCUGUUAAUCGUCCAAGUGAACACAGUUAUCAUCCAGAGCCAAUAAUCACAAAAUGACCAAAUAUCGUAUUGCAUAUUCGCAUAUUAAUCGGUCUGGCUGAUAUAUCGGUCUAUGACUAAUUCUUAUAUGUAAAUUAACUGAAGUAUUUGACUUAAAUAAACAUCAUGCUCUGUUUUUUAUAUGGUUAGAAAAAAAAUGCCCUCAUUAAGGUAUAAAAUGUGCCAAUAAUCGCAAAAUGGACAAAUAUCGGCAAAUUAAUUGGCCUUGCCGAUAUAUCUGUCUACGACUAUUUCUUAUAUGUAAAUUAAAUGAAUUAUUUGACAUACAUAAACAGCAUGCUCUGUUUUUUUUAUUGUUUACAUAUGGUUAGAAAAAAAUGCCCUCAUUAAGGCAUAAAAUGGAAAUCAAUUCCAGGAGGUAAAUAUUGGAAAUCCAGUUCAUUUCUGACACUGCGCAAUAUUCAAGAUAACAUCUCAACCUUUUUAUAGUAGUAGUUCUUAUCUUCUUUGUGUAAUAAAGGGACACUCCACCAUUUUUUCAUUGUAAGGUUUGUUAUGUCAGUUGUGUGCAUGUCAACAUAUUUGACAAUAUUAUAUUUAUCUAACUAUAUUUUAUUGAUAAUCACAAAAUUGCCAAAUAUCCGCCAAUUAAUCUAUCUGGGCGAUAAAUCGGUCAAUCACUAUUUCUUGUAUAUGAAUGAAUUGAAGUAUUUGACAUAUAUAAAAAGCACACUAUGUGUUUUUAUAUGGUGGGUAUAAAUUAAGGUAUAAAAUGCCCCUAAAAAUCGAUUCCAUAGGGCAAAUAUUGCAAAUCCAGUUAAUUUCUGACACUGCACAAUACUUAAGUAAUGCCAUUUCAGCCUUCUUAUAGUAGUUCUUGUCUUUGUGUAAUAAAGGGACACUCCACCAUUUUUUCAACUUAAGGUUUGUUAUGUCCAUCUUGCGCAUGUCAACAUAUGUUAAAAUUAUGUUAUUUAUCACACAAUAUUUAGCGUUUUUUAUGUUAAACUAUUCCUAAUGAAAACAGUACAUAAAACACCACUUAUUCCUCUCACCGAAGAGGACAUUUCUUUGUACAUCAAAUAUUUCUGAACAAUAAUGUCCACUUUUUUCUUUUUAAAGUUCUUUAAAAUGCUGCAAUGGUAUAAUGCAUGGCAUAACAAAUCUCAUGUGGAAAAAUUGUUCCUUUUUGUGAUUUUAUGUUUUGUGUAAAAAUGUUUAUAUGGUUAAAUGAUUAUUUAUAACAUCUGCUAAUGCUAAGUAAGACCAUCUUUCUCAAGCCAAUUUUGUGUGUGGCAUUGACAAAUAAUUUUCCAAAAAGCUUAGCGAAAUUUUUGUUUAUAAGAAGGGAUUAUGCAAUGUCUCUUUGCUUGUUUGUAUUUUAUGUUGUAAAAUAAAAAAACAAGAAAUUAUCUCUGCUAAUGAAAGACAGAGUUAAUAAGGCACCAUUCCCUAGAGAGCUAAAUUUGUUGAAAGUCAAAAGUGAGCGUGCUUUAUUUGCUUUCAUGCGUAAACCACUGCAACUCAAUCCCAUUCUCUUCAACUUGAAACUGUGAUCCUACCACCUGUGUGAAUUGCAACACAUCAUUAGAGAUUCUUUGGGAGAAAGACGCAAAAACCUUUACAAACUUUUCAUGACUAAAACUCUGUGUCUCAAUGCUGUUGUGUUUUACACUAAUGCAAUAGCUACUAUAUUCCUCCAUGGUCCUCUCAGAGGAGAUACAUGAAGAGAAGGAGGAUGAAGAAUACACAGAUUACAGCCAUGUAUCUCUGUUACUGACUGGAUAAACCAUUGCCAACAGCAGAACUCAGUUUAAGCACAGAGUCGUGUUGAUAUUGUACAUACGUAUUUAUUUUCCAUGGACAGACAUGGAAGAUGCUUAUUUGUUGUAGAUGUUUAUUUAUACAUUUUUGUCUUCUUAUUUAUGCAUUUAUAGUCUGAAUAAAUGAACUGUCUACCAUCUUUUCUUAGUAAUCUUUGGAAAAAUAUUAUUUAUUAUAACGUGCAAUGUUACUCUAUGUAAGGUAAUUGUGUUUUGAAAAGUGUGUUACAUAUUGUGAAAGAAAAAAAAACAACAACUUCCAACUUGCCAACGUUCCAAAUGGAAUAUCUGCAGCAAAUUUGCAUGUGUUUUAUUUAUAUGUAAUCUGAUGUUCACUAAUAAGUGUACUUAACGUAGAUUUGGUUCUGUUUACAAUCAAAGCUGACCGAAGUGGCUUUGUCAUUAAAAUCUAUGAAUGAAUUUCUUUUC